CGGCCCACUUCCUCUGGUGCGCAGCACAGCGACUGAAACAGCUGCGAGUUUUCACGAGGGUCGUGAACGACAGCUCACCGCCUCGUGCUUCUUUGGGGGCAGCAACCAGGGCGCCCAGACAGGUGGAUGUCGACCCAGUGUUGUUGUUAGGAGCAUUUGGUAGAAAUUCUUCGCGUCCAAUGGCGGCUGAAUUCUAUCUGCUGCAUUAAGGCGUUCAAGGAUUUGAGAGCAGACAAGGUCUGCAUCCCUUCAAUCAAUUGCCACCGCUCGGUCCUUGAGCAUUCAGCCGCGGCGUUGCAUUGAAUCUUUGUAAGAGCAGGAGAGAUGGUUGCCUGCGUAGCUUUACGAUUGGGCGGCAGGUCUCCUGUGCCAACUUUGAGUGUCAGCUGCAAUUGCUCCUCAAACCCUAAUUUUCCUGCACCGUCAUGCUCCUAUCUUCUUGGACCCUGGGCCAAUGGCUCGUCUGCAUUGCAAGGUCAACAAACCAAAAGCACGCUUUACCAGUCCAGUCGGCCUUUUCUGCAAACACGGCAGGAGUUCACUGUUGAAUUGGGCGCUUCGACCAGCGAGAUUUCAAACUGGGGCAAACGAGCCAGAAGGAACAAGGAUUACGGUCCGCUGCGGGUGACCAACGCAUCACAAGAAGCCGAGCCUUCUGUCCAAUCAAACCAUUCAAACGGUCAAACCAGCGGGAACGGGGCCGCAAAUGGUGCUGUCCACAAGCAGGCACUCAGCAGGGUGGAGUGGUGGAGAAUUGACGGGCGAGGUGGUGUCCAGACUAGCUUAGAGAGCACCGAAGCUGGUCCUUCUCAGUCAAAUGCAGUUGAGGACAGUGUAAUGGGGCCGCGGGGGCGUACCGUGGGAUGGAUUAGGGAGGAGCAUUCAGAAAACGGGAGGGCGAAUGAGGAGGAGCUGUGGACAUGGCAAGCGGCGACGCAGACGCUGCAUCUGAACGGGACCGCCAUGCACGGGCGGUUGAAGAGUUGGAAUAGCUGGGCGGAAGAAAGCAGAGAGGAGAGUGUUGUGAGCAGUGAAGGGUCGGGCGGCGCGGUUGUGACUCAGGGCUUGGUGAGCAGAAGUGUGACGUCAGGGAAUGAAAGUAGCGUUUAUGCGUCUGACAGCAGCCAAAAUGGAGCGUUGAGGAGCAGUCAGAAUGGGGCCAGUGGCAGCAGCAAUGGGGUUAGUAAAUUGGCGGGGAAUGAGAAUGGGUAUGCAGGUAGCGUCCAGGCAGAGAAUGGCCGUGCAGGUCGGGAGGCUCUGGGUGGCGGUCAGUCAACGAGCGACUCAGAAGGUGCGGUGGCUGGGGCUCAUUCAGAAAACGAAGCUGGUUCAAAAAAGAAGUUGAAGAAGGACGGAAAGAAGGCUAAGAAAGCUGCGAAGGCGGCGCUUGAGAAUGUAAAGAAGAAGGGGAAGAAGAAGAAGGGGAAGGGAGUGGCUCUGGAGGAAAGUGUCAUGGAGGUCGCACAAACUUCCGAAGCGGAAGCGGCUGAUAAGCCGCCGAGCAGUUUCGUGCAUGUGAACGGCGUCCGAAUGUAUCCGGGCCCAGGUUACGUCGACCGGAUGGAGAGCAAGUUUUCGGACGUCUUGACCAGUCUCUCGGAGGCGGUGAAACUUGACAAGCAGACAGACAGAGCGGCGGCGGUUGCGGAGCAACCGUCGCAGAACGGGGCCGCAAAGACGGAGCCCCCGGCAGAGAACCUGGAGGAGCGGUUGAGGGACUUGAGACGGAAAGCGAUCGAGCAUAAAGCGCGGCAUGACGGGGAGAAGGGGACGCUGGUGGUGCCCACGAAGCAGCCAAUCCUAGUUCUGAUGCGACACGGGCAGAGCAUGUGGAACGAGCUCAAGCUGUUCACUGGUGACGUGGACAUCCCUCUGACGGAGAAGGGCGUGAUGGAGGCCCUGUCCGGAGGGCGCACGAUCAAGGACGUCGACUUCGACAUUGUCUUCACCAGCCGUCUGCUGCGUGCGAAGCAGACCGCCAUGCUCGCGCUCACGCAGAACUCGAGCCACGUGGUGCCCGUUCUCGUGCGCGGUGGCUACUACGGCAACGGCCGCAUCGGCGACGGGAACCGGUUGCGGCUCCGCGAGGCGGCCAUGUAUGCGCUGGACAAGGCGGCCUGCAAGAUGGUCCCCGUCUUUGCACACCCCGCGCUCAACGAGCGCUGCUAUGGGGACCUGCAGGGCCUGAACAAGGAGGAGGCCGCCAAGGAGUUCGGCAAGGAGCUGGUGCAGCAGUGGCGGCGGAGCAACGACACAUCGCCACCCGGCGGGGAGAGCCUCGUGGACACGGCGCGGCGCGCCCGCAAGUACUACGUGGAGGUGAUCGAGCCGCGGCUACGCGAGGGCAAGAACGUGCUGGUCGUGACGCACGGCAACGUCAUGCGCGGCCUUAUCGCGCACCUGGCCAACCUCGAGGAGGAGGAGAUGCUCACGCUCGAGAUUUCAACGGCGUUUCCGUACGCAUAUGCGUUCAGCCGCGAGAGCGACGCUUACGCGCAGUGCUGUCUGAUGAAGCCGAUGGAGGACUUCAUCACGGGGGAGCCCCUCGAAGAUAAGCCCAUGGGGCUGGCCUCCGUGCUGAAGAAGAAGAACUUUGACUCGCUCAUUUGAGGGGUCAAGGAUGGGGUAAGGGAGGGUCUAGAGGUGGGGUUAAGGGCAGGGUUGCGCUAAGAUUACCAAGUUUGGACCUGGUAUGUGAGGGGUAAAGAAGGGUUUACAGGCGGGGUUGGCUUGGGAGGAACAAGC